UGUCAGAGCAGGGCUGAAACCCUCCGCUACUCUCUGCCGGAGGAAAUGGAGCGGGAUUCCUUUAUCGCCAAUAUUGCAAAGGACCUGGGGGUUCCUCUGAGCCAGCUUGCAGCUCGCAAGGCCCGAGUUGUGACCGAGGGGAACGAGCAGCUUUUCCGACUCAAUCAAAACACCGGUAUCCUGACAGCAAGGGAAUCGCUGGACCGAGAGGAGAUCUGUCCGCAGAGCGAUACCUGCACGCUCGUCUUUAAGAUAUUCUUUGAGAAUCCAUUGCAGCUUAUCCGAGGGGAGGUGGAAGUUCGUGACGUAAACGACAACUCGCCCGUGUUCCCAGAGAAGGAGAUGGUUUUAAAAAUUUUAGAAACAGCAUCUCCUGGGUCCCGUUUCCCCCUGGAGAGCGCCCAGGACAAGGACGUGGGCAUUAAUGGUUUGCAGAACUACAGCCUCGAGCCGAAUCCUCAUUUCUCCCUCUCUAUCGGAACAACGAAGGAUGGAGUAAAAUACCUGGAACUUGUCCUACAGAGCCAGCUCGAUCGUGAAGAGCAGGGAGAGUGGAAUUUGCUUCUGACCGCCACCGACGGGGGGUCACCACCCAGGUCGGGCACGGCUCAGGUCCGCAUCGUGGUGGUGGAUGUCAAUGACAACAUCCCUGUCUUCGAAAGGGAAACCUACGAGGUGCGGCUGGUUGAGAACAGCCCCCUGGAGCAGCUGGUGGUCAGAGUCGCUGCCGCGGAUCCCGAUGAAGGGUCCAACGGGGAAGUGCGUUAUGCCUUUACCCAGACACCGGAGCGAUCCCGGCAGCUCUUCCAGCUGAACCCGACCACCGGUGAAAUACGGGUCGCGGGCAAGCUGGAUUUCGAGGAAGCAAAAUCCCACAAAAUGGUGGUGAAAGCUACCGACGGCGGGAGUCUGUCUGCGCAUUGUAAAGUGCAGGUGGAGAUCCUGGACGUGAAUGACAACGCCCCGGAGAUCGCGCUCACCUCCCUCACCGCCUCCAUCGCCGAGGACGCCCCGCCGCGCACCGUGGUGGCUCUGUUCAGUGUGCGGGACCGGGACUCCGGGGACAACGGCAGGACAGAGUGUUCCAUCGACGGGGACUUGCCGUUCAGUCUCACCCCCACUUUUGAUAAUUACUACGAACUGAGAACAAGCGCCGCUCUGGACAGGGAGAGGACAGCGGAAUAUAACAUCACGAUCACAGCCACGGACUGGGGCACGAAGCGGCUGAGCUCUCAGGAAAGCAUCUUCGUGCAGAUAUCGGAUGUGAACGACAACCCCCCAGAGUUCACCCAGGAAAUUUACACCAUGUCUGUCACGGAGAACAACAGCCCCAUGCUCCGGAUCGGCAGCGUGAAGGCCACGGACGCCGACACAGGAAAAAACGCCCGUGUGAACUACGCACUAGCGCGACAGGAAGGCAAAGAGCAGCCCGAAAUAUCAGUCAACGCUGAAAACGGAGAUGUUUAUAUCCUCCGCCCACUGGACUAUGAGAAGGUGCGCGCCUUGGAGGUGACAGUGCGCGCAGCCGACGGCGGCUCCCCGCCGCUCAGCGCCCAGGCCGUGCUGCGCGUGCUCGUGCGGGACGAGAACGAUAACGCGCCCGUGCUGCUGCACCCGCCCCCCGACAGCAGCGCGGCCGGAGAGCUGGUGCCGCGCUGGGCACCGUCCGGCUACCUGGUGGCCAAGGUGGUGGCGGUGGACGCGGACGCGGGCCAGAACGCGUGGCUGUCGUACGAGCUGGCCAAGGCCACGGAGCCGGCGCUGUUCCGCGUGGGGCUGCACAGCGGCGAGGUGCGCACGGCGCGGGCCGUGACAGAGAGGGACGCGGCGCGGCAGAAGCUCAUUGUGCUGGUGCGGGACCGCGGGCAGCCACCGCGCUCUGCCACUGCCACCCUGACCGUGGCACUGGUGGAUGGAUUCUCCGAAGCUUAUUUACGGGUGAGCGAGGAGGCACCGGCUGCCGAGCCCGACGGGCCGCUCACUCUUUACCUGAUCGCCUCCCUCGUCUGCGUGUCGGCUCUGUUCCUCGCCACCGCGGUGGCCGCCCUGGUAGUGAAGGUGCGGCGGGCCAGGCGGAACGAGACUGAGACUUUGCCCACCUUCCCCACGAGCGCCACGGAGAGCACCGCGGGCUCCCUGCCCCGCAGCUACGUGUACGACGUCUGCUUCGCCGCCGGCACCGUCAACAGCGAGUUCCGCUUCCUCAGGCCCCUGCUCCCCUGCUUCCCCGCCGGGCUGCCCCCCGGGCCGGGCGAGCAGCGGAGCUCGGUGUGCUCGCAGGACGCGGCCACCCUCGGGGGCGAAGGCGGCUGGACGGCGCAGCUCCGCACAGCUCCCGGUUCCGCCGCCCCCGCGAUUCGGGCGGGCGGGGCUGCGCCAUCCCGGGCUGCUCCGUUCGGGAGUCGGCAGGCUGUAUCGGCAGCUCUAUCCAGCUUACAGGAGAGGAGAUCGGGUCUCUGGAAAGGAAUGAAGCUCAGGAAGAGCGAGGAACCGCUCCCGAGGCGAGCGGCGGCUCUGAUCCUUGUCCUUUGCGUCUCGGGGAUGCGAGCAGAAACCGCUCGGUACUCCGUGCCCGAAGAGGCGGAGAGAGGCUCUUUUGUAGCGAAUAUCGCUAAGGAUUUGGGGCUAACCGGUGAGGAAUUAUUGGCUCGUCAGGCUAGAGUCGUUCCUGAAGGAGAAAAACAGUAUUUGCAGCUGAACCAGCACACCGGGGAUUUGGUGGUGAGAGAGCAAAUGGACCGGGAGGAGCUGUGUGGACAGAGCGAGCCCUGCUGGGUGCGUUUUGAGGUGCUGCUGGAGAGCCCACUGCAGUCCUUCCGAGCCGAGGUAAGACUCACCGACAUAAAUGAUCACGCUCCUGUGUUCCCAAAUAAAGAGAUAGUUUUAAAGAUGCCGGAAUCGACAGUGCCGGGGUCUCGGUUUUUAUUGGAAAGUGCUCACGAUCCAGACGUGGGGAACAAUAGUCUUCAGCAUUAUAGCAUAGGCUCAAACGAGUAUUUCCUUGUCUACACCCGACGGCGGAGUGACGGCAGGAGAUAUGCCGAGCUGGUGUUGGAUCGAGCCCUGGACAGGGAGCAGCAGGCAGAAAUUGCUUUCAGCAUCACGGCUGUGGAUGGUGGGACUCCAGCACGGUCUGGCACAGCUUUAAUCCGCGUGGUUGUCCUGGAUAUAAAUGACAACAACCCGGUAUUUACCCAAACUCUGUAUAAAGUCUCUGUGAAAGAAAAUAACUCAGAGGAUACCGUAGUGGUGGUAGUGUCUGCUAGCGAUUUGGACGCAGGAACGAAUGGAGAAAUAAUAUACUCCAUAGUUCAAAAUUCAGAGGAAAAUUUCGAGACAUUUAAAAUAAACUCAGAGACAGGCCAGAUUCGACUCAAAAAGCCUUUGGAUUAUGAGGAAACAAAGACCUACGAGAUAGAUGUUCAGGCCUUAGAUGGAGGGGGCUUGUCCACGCAUUGCAAGGUGGAGGUGCAGGUGAAGGACGUGAACGAUAAUGCCCCCGAGGUGAUCAUCACCUCUCUCACCAGCACCCUCUCCGAAGCCGCCCCGCCGAACACCGUGGUGGCUCUCUUCAAUGUGCGGGACCGGGACUCGGGGGACAAUGGCAGGACGACCUGCGAGCUGACAGGAGAGCAGCCCUUCAGGAUCACUCUGCUGGCAGCCGACGCGUACGCGCUGGUGACAUCAGAGGCACUGGACCGGGAGGAGGUGGAGGAAUACAACGUGACAGUGCGAGCUCGCGACGAGGGUUCCCCCAUCCUCUCGGCAUCCAAGACCCUGCUCGUGCGGCUUUUGGAUGUGAACGACAAUGCACCCACCUUCACCCAGGAGGUUUACACCAUGGUGAUGAAGGAAAACGAGCCCGCGGGGAGGAUCCUGGGCCACCUCAGUGCCACAGAUCCUGACGCGGGAGAAAACGCCCGAGUGAGAUACGCCCUAGUGCCGCCACCGACGGGCGCCCUAGCCGCGGCAUCAUUCGUGUCAGUGGACGCGGAGAGUGGAACUGUGCGGAGUUUGCGCGCACUGGACUAUGAGAAGGUGCGCGCCUUGGAGGUGACAGUGCGCGCAGCCGACGGCGGCUCCCCGCCGCUCAGCGCCCAGGCCGUGCUGCGCGUGCUCGUGCGGGACGAGAACGAUAACGCGCCCGUGCUGCUGCACCCGCCCCCCGACAGCAGCGCGGCCGGAGAGCUGGUGCCGCGCUGGGCACCGUCCGGCUACCUGGUGGCCAAGGUGGUGGCGGUGGACGCGGACGCGGGCCAGAACGCGUGGCUGUCGUACGAGCUGGCCAAGGCCACGGAGCCGGCGCUGUUCCGCGUGGGGCUGCACAGCGGCGAGGUGCGCACGGCGCGGGCCGUGACAGAGAGGGACGCGGCCCGGCAGAAGCUCAUUGUGCUGGUGCGGGACCGCGGGCAGCCACCGCGCUCUGCCACUGCCACCCUGACCGUGGCACUGGUGGACGAUUUCUCCGAUGCCUUCCACCAGCUUGGCCACGAUCCUGCAGGCGGACAGCAGCCGCAGGUGGCCGAGGAGGAAAUGCUCACGACUUACCUCAUCGCCUCCCUGUGCUGCGUCUCGUCCCUUUUCGUCUUGUCCGUCCUCCUCUUGACGGCGAACACGCUCUGCAAAGCUCGCGUCCGGGCAGAACUUCCUCCUGCCUCUCCCAGCUGCUACGGGGAUGGAGACUUCACCAGCAGCGGCAUGGGCGUGGGCAGCACGGGCACGCUGUCGCCGGCUUAUCGCUACGAAAUGUGUCUGACCAGCGGCUCGGGGAGGAGCGAAUUCCAGUUCCUCAGGCCCAUCCUGCCCAGCCCUCAUAGCAAUUCUGAGGCUGGGCUGGAAAAGGACGAGGAGCCGCUGCGCCACUUGCAGCCUGCCUGCGACAGGGAAGCCCACACGGGGAGCACAGCCACUCCUGUCUUUUAGCCGAAAGACUGACCAGCAGGCGUGUGCGUCCAUGCCUCAGCCGUGCUGGGAUGCACUUCCCUUCCCUGUCCUCAGCUGAGAUUCCCCAGUAGUUGUAGUGCCGUUCCCUGCUGUUCUAAGUAUACUCUCCCUGCCUAGGCUCCAGGGCUGUUUUUCCUGCCGAGGAAGCCGCCCAACCACUCCGAGUUUUGUCUCAUGCUGUCCCUGAAAAUACGUUCUCCCACUCCUGACGCCACGUUUCUCGAAGAGCCCGGACUUGCCUAUGGCAGAGGAGAAUACAACAGACCGAGGGUUAGUGCCAGCGAGGGGAGAGGAUGGAGGUGGAGCAGCUGCCAGAGAUGAACCGGCGCCAGGACUUCCCCAUUGGCUACCUCCUAACAAACCGAGCAUUUCUCAGUCCGGAGGAUGUGACCGAGUCCUGAAGCAGGAGCCCCGGCGCUUGUGCGCGGGUCCGCGGGCAUCGAAGAGCAGCAGCGCGGGCUGCGGGCGGCGGCGGGUGCA